AUCACUACUUCCCACCCGAUCUGAGAAACCAGAGUCUGUUCUGAAAGGUUGCAAGUGCACAAUUGCUUGGUAAUCCACGCCAAAGCCCGAAACAUGGCCUUAGGAAGACCUACGUCAUCCAAUCACAUUCCAUCCGAAGACGUCAAGUGCGUAGACACGGUAAUAGUAGGAAACGGACCUUCGGCUUUAUUCUUGAGCUACCUACUUCAUGGUAACAUCCCUACUUACGAUUCCGCUACCCACGGACCGCACCCCGACCCGGUGCUCCACUCAAAGCUCUCGCGAUAUGGGAACCGACCGCUCUUCGACGUAACCGAGUCCGCGAGGGCGUGCGAGGCGCUAACGGAGCACUUCCAUGCCGCCACCCACAUGAGCUAUUCGAAUCAGGCUCUGCCGCUGAACGUUUUGCUGGACACGCUGGUGCAGCCGGGUGCUGACACGGAGAUCGGGGGGGCAAAGUCUCGGUUGAAGUGGAGUUUUGACGAACGGAGGAGAAUCGGACAUGUUGUUUUGGGCUCGGCAAAGGAGGCUGGCGGACAGUGGGCCGAGGAUCCAGUUAACACUUCCUGGGACAUUGAGACUUUGAGCUAUUCGGAGAUGUUGUCACUGCCAGGGUACUCCUUUCGGGAACAUUAUCGGAGGAGGCACGGGAAGGCUAUGCCCCAUCUUAAUAGGCCCACGAGGCGAGAGGUAGCAAAUUACUACAGCUCGUACCCUCGCGCGGCGGGGAUAUCAUCGGAGGUCUUCUCGUCGGUAUAUGCGCACCGGAUAAACCGUACACAAUUUGGUUUCUCGGUGAGGGUUUACAGGAAACCCACCUCGUCGAGACCGCAAUGCGAGUACACAAUCCACUGCAAGCAUCUCGUCCUCGCAAACGGGAUCUUCACAAACGUCAUACCGCCCCCACCCAUCUUCCUACCAUUGCUCAACCCGGAGAACAACUCUCUCGGCCAACAGCAGCGCUUUAAGACCCUUCCACUACUAGUCGUCGGCUCAGGCUUCACAGCAGCAGACGUAAUCAUCAGCGCGCAACCAAACCAGAAAAUAAUCCACAUCUUCAAAUGGAACACCACCCGCCCGUCGCCGUUGAAGGGUUGCCAUCCUCUGGCGUAUCCGGAAUACGCAUCCAUAUACCGCCGAAUGAAGCAGUCUGCCGCAGACAGUACCUCCCCAACGUCACCAACGACCCCAUCAAACUACGAGGGUUUUCCGAACGCACAGGUCAUAGCGGUAUCCGGCGAUGGGCGGGUCAUCAAAAUAUUAACGGCAGACGGCGAUGUCCUGGAGCGCACCAUCGGCACACUUAAGUACUGCGUCGGCCGGCGCGGAAGCCUAGAGUACCUCUCCGCGGAGCUGCGGAAAGCCGUGGGCGUGCUAGAUGCUGCGUGGGUGUCCGCCGAUACCUUGAGGAGACGGGUAGAAGCGGACCUGGAAGUCACGAAAAACGUGUGGGUUGUCGGCAGCCUAACCGGUGAUUCGCUGGUUCGCUACGCGCUUGGAGGGUGUGUAUACGCUGCUGGGAGGAUAAUGGCUGAUCGGGAGAUUCCCGAAGAUGAGCUGAUUAUUCAAGAGGCUGCCGCCGCAGGCAGGCGGGGGUCUGGGUGUUUGGUUUCUUGAUGGGCAUGAUGGCGAUGAUGUGGGAUGGAUGGGUUUUGUUGGGAGUUUUCGGAAUAGAAAUUCGUUGGUGUCCUGGUAGAUGAUUGGUUGGGCUUUUUUUAUCUUAUUUGCUCCUCCAGCGCCCUAUGUGAUACAGUACCGUACCCGAGUACACUGCGGUCACCAGUACCAUACGGUAGCUGGAUGACUGGGAAAGAUGCGGGGGUUGGGAAUUGCUGAGUAAUUCUGGCGUGCUUGCUAGUUUGUCUUUUUUCAGAUCAUUGUUUGGUGCGUUUGUUAGACUUUCCCUCCCUUUUUUGCGCUGUCUGGGCACGGGCAUAGGUGUAUAAUAUAACUUUUUGCCUUUUUUUUUCACUCUUUUUUUAUAAAUUAUUGUUUUUGCUCCUUGCCAUUGGAUUUUAUGGGUGCUAGUGAAGGUGGUACAGCCGUUGGAAACCGGAGUGGUAUUUUUAUGAGUGAUGUUUUGUGACCGCGAAAGUGGGCCAGGCAGGAUGGAGUGCAUUGGGGUCAUGGUGUUUGUUUGUCCUGGAGGGGGUUAAGCACUAUGCAGGUUCGGUGUGGAUAGUAUUGGAAGGAACCGUGUUCUCAACGGAGAUAGUUGAUGGCAAUUGAAUACUGUAACUUUCCC